AUCGAGUUUAGUUAGCCGAUGUUUUGUUUAUAUUUUUCAGCAGCAUUUGUGAAAAAUAAUAAAAUAUAGAGAUUGAUUAUAUAGGUAGAAUAAUUCACUAAGAAUUUUAUAAACAUAAACAUUUUAUUUCAAUAUGUCUCAAAAUUCGGAAAAACCACUAUCGACUCAAGAUGUUGUUGAUCCUACGGGUCCAGCAGCACGUAAAGGCGUACUUACAUCGUUCAGGACAGGGAAGAUUAUGGAGAUACCCGAAAAAGAUAUCUUAGGAAGAUGCAGAUUUGUUGGAGAAUUCGAAAAAUUAAAUCGCAUUGGCGAAGGCACAUAUGGCAUUGUUUAUAGAGCAAAAGACAAAUUAAAUGGGAACAUAGUAGCAUUAAAAAAAGUCAGAAUGGAUGUUGAAAAAGAUGGAUUGCCAUUGAGUGGUCUCCGUGAAAUCCAAGUGUUAAUGGCUUGCAGACAUGAAAAUGUUGUUCAACUUAAGGAAGUUCUUGUUGGGAGAUCACUGGAAAGCAUAUUCUUAUCAAUGGAGUAUUGUGAGCAAGAUUUAGCAUCUUUACUUGACAAUAUGGCCGCACCUUUCACUGAGUCACAAGUCAAAUGCUUAAUGCUACAAGUAUUAAAAGGAUUGAAAUAUCUUCACUCUAAUUUCAUUGUCCAUCGAGACCUUAAAGUAUCCAAUUUGCUGCUCACUGACAAAGGAUGUGUUAAAAUAGCUGAUUUUGGCUUAGCUCGUUGGUUAGGUGCACCUGCUCGUAGUGCCACCCCAAGGGUUGUUACUUUGUGGUAUAGAGCACCUGAAUUACUCCUACAAUCACCAAGGCAGACUCCAGCUCUUGACAUGUGGGCAGCAGGAUGCAUUCUCGGUGAACUAUUGGCUAAUAAGCCUUUGCUUCCUGGCAGGACUGAAAUUGAACAGCUUGAACUAAUUGUUGAUUUGUUAGGCACUCCAUCUGAUGCAAUUUGGCCAGAAUUCAGUGCAUUACCAGCAUUACAAAACUUUACUCUUAAACAACAGCCAUACAAUAACUUAAAACAAAAGUUCCCCUGGUUGUCUGCGGCUGGUUUACGUCUCCUGAAUUUCUUGUUCAUGUACGACCCCAACAAGAGAGCUACAGCAGAAGAGUGUCUCCAGAGUUCAUAUUUUAAGGAACAACCCUUGCCAUGUGAUCCGAAGUUAAUGCCUAGCUUCCCGCAGCACAGAAACAUGAAAGGGCAGCAAAAAAGCUCCUCCAAUCAGCUGAACAUACCACUCUCUAACUUGAACACUGGAGCUAACGACCAGACAAACAACUUGCCGGCCAUCUCAGACUUGUUGGGAUCCCUCGUCAAGAAACGAAGACUAGAAUAAACUUAAGUUUAUGUUUAAGUAUAUAAUUCCAAAUAUAUUUAAUGAUAUAAUGAUAAAAA